UGGAUAAGCUCAGCUCACAGCUCGGCUUCUCCUCCCUCUCCCGGAUACCGCCUUGGGCUUCCGGAGCGCAGCCGAGCCCGGCAUCGCCUCCAUUGUGUCCUGCGGGGGGAGCCUCGGUGGUCCCGGGGCUGCGAGGGGGGCUCCGGGCAUCGCCCCCUCCCUGCCAGGGGAGCUUCGGGAGGACGCUUCUCCUAAAGGAAAAGGCUCGGGCGGCCGAGGAGCGGGAGGGGAUUCUGGGGAGCCCCGAGGGAGAAAUCUGCGUUGUCCUGGUGCUCCCUCCUGCCAUGGAGCCGUGGAUGUCACUGGACCCGCGGCAGAAGGCCCUGUACCUCGACGUGAUGCACGAGAGCUACGAGACCCUCAUGUCCCUAGCAGCUCAGGGGCUGGUGAGUGAAAAAGCAGCUAAGAACGGAGCAUCGGAGAGCAGCGCCGGGCUCGGACCACACUCAUCCCACAGCCUGGAGCGGGAGAAGCCCCUCGGCUCCCACAGGCGCAAAGCCAGGCGCCCGGACAAAGCCGUGCUCCCCGGGAGCCCCAAACCCACCGUGCUCCCCAAGCUCGGCCACGCCAAACCCCACGUGCGCGGAAAGGGGCCGGCCCGGGAGCGCCCGUUCGGCUGCGCCGACUGCGGGAAGAGCUUCCCCUGGGCGUCGCACCUGGAGCGGCACCGGCGCGUCCACACGGGCGAGCGGCCCUUCGGCUGCCCCGAGUGCGGCGAGACCUACAGCCAGAGCUCGCACCUGCGGCAGCACCGCCGCACCCACGCCGGCGACCGCCCGCACAAGUGCGGCGACUGCGGCAAGCGCUUCGCCGCGGCGGCCGAGCUGGCGGCGCACGGCCGCGGCCACGCCGCCGACAAACCCCACAAGUGUGAGGACUGCGGGAAGGGCUUCGUGUGGGCGUCGCACCUGGAGCGGCACCGCCGCGUGCACACCGGUGAGAAGCCCUUUGAGUGCAGCGAGUGUGGCGAGGCUUUCAGCCAGGCCUCGCACCUCGCCAAGCACCGCCGCAGCCACUCGGGCGAGCGGCCGCACCGCUGCCCGGCCUGCGGGAAGACCUUCUGCCAGAGCUCCGACCUGGCGCGGCACCGCCGCACGCACCUGGGCAGGAGGCCCCUGCGCUGCGGGGACUGCGGGAAGCUGUUCCGGACGGGGCCGGCCCUGGCGCGGCACCAGCGCUGCCAUCAUCGGGAGCACCCGCACCGCUGCCCCGACUGCGGGAAGGGCUUUGUGUGGGCGUCGCACCUGGAGCGGCACCGGCGCGUCCACACGGGCGAGCGGCCCUUCCCCUGCAGCAGCUGCGGCGAGCGCUUCACCCAGAAGGUGCACCUGCUGCAGCACCGCAAGACCCACUCACCGGAGAGGCCCUACAAGUGCGGGGACUGUGGAAAGUGCUUCGGGGAGGCGCCCCCGUUCCUGGUGCACCGGCGCGGCCACACCGCGCACAAGAGCUACACCUGCGACGACUGCGGGAAGGGCUUCACCUGGGCGUCCCACCUGGAGCGGCACCGCCGCGUCCACACCGGCGAGAAGCCCUUCAGAUGCCCUGAGUGUGGCGAGGCCUUCACCCAGGCCUCGCACCUCGGCAAGCACCGCCGCAGCCACCUCCCCAAGGCCGUGGCGCCAUCGCCCCUUGCCAGGACGCGGCUUGUUGGGGACGCGCCUGGAGCUCCCGGCAGUGAGGACCCCUAAGGACUGAGACCCGCCCCCACAGUGUGAUGGAUGCGGAGAGACAACCAAGAGAAAACUUGUCUUGAGGACAAGCCAAAGGACAGCAAGUGACACUUGAAGGGCACUGGGGUGGGUGACAGGGGUGCUCUGUCGUGGCACAGGUCGGGAUUUAUCUGCCCUGGUGUCUCCUCACAGCAAUGGAUGAACUUUGCACCUGGUGCAGUCCAGGCCCCCAAAAAAGGGACAACCUGGGGGAGAAGGAGCCUAUUCCCGAAGGAAACAACACUUGGCUCCAUCAGGGAAGGGUAGGGGAACCAGGGCUGGUUCUGCUGCAAAAAUCCAGUGGUGUUGUGCUCGCU